AAGCAGAAGCCACAAACUCACUAAUUCACUUAGCCAUGGCUCUAGAUUUCAACUCAUCAAACUCCUUGUAUGACUUUGUGAUCAGAGAUGGCAAUGGCGUGAAAGGUUUGGAAGACUUAGGUUUAGCAAAGGUGCCAGAUAAGUACAUACAACCCCCAGAGAAACGAAUCAACAAGGAAGAUUCAAGGCCAAGUGAUGCUCCACCCAUUGACUUGUCAAAGCUCAAUGGACCUGAACAUGAGAAAGUGGCAAAUGAGAUUGUUAGAGCAACUCAGACUCUUGGCUUCUUUCAGGUAGUGAAUCAUGGUGUGCCUUUGGAGUUAUUGGAAUCACUUAAAGAUGCUGCUCACACAUUUUUCAGCUUGCCACCAGAGAAGAAAGCUUUGUACAGUGUUGGAGUUAGCCCUAGCCCAUUGGUAAAGUAUGGAACUAGCUUUAUGCCUGCCAAAGAGAGGGUUUGGGAAUGGAAGGACAGUAUGAGUAUGAAAUAUAGCAGUGAUGAAGAAGCUCUUCAAUAUUGGCCUAAUGAGUGCAAGGAAUUAUUACUUGAGUUUAUGAAGUUAGCAACCAAGAUGAUUAGUGGAGUUUUAGGAAUCUUGAUAGAUGCACUUGGGGUCUCACCAGAUGAAUCAAACAUAGAGCAUCUUCUCAGCAUGAAAGUAAUUAACAUGAACUACUACCCAGCAUGUCCAAAUCCAGAGCUUACAGUAGGUGUAGGGUGUCACUCAGACCCAGGAAUUUUUACAAUCUUGCUCCAAGAUGGAAUUGGAGGCUUAUAUAUCAAAGUGGAAAAAGAAGACAACAACGUUGGAGAAGAAGAGUGGGUUGAAAUUCCACCAAUACCUGGAGCUCUAGUCAUCAAUGUUGGUGAUAUGUUACAGAUACUGAGCAAUGGGAGGUACAAGAGUGCUGAACACCGUACAAGAACAACUAGAUCCCAACCUAGGAUAUCCAUUCCAUUCUUUAUUCAGCCUUUACCUGUGGGGAAGAUUGGUCCAUUCUCAGAGGUGGUGAAGAAUGACGGAUUUGCUCGAUACAAAGAAGUUGAAAUACAAGAUUACAUGGACAACUUUUUUGGGAAUGCUCAUGAGGGAAAAAACAAGUCUCUUGAUUUUGCAAGGAUCAAUUCUACCAAAUGAUGAGUUCAAUGCUAUAUAUAAGAGCUAACAUUUAUGUUUCUUUUACGUAUCCCAUAAUAAUGAGUUAUAUUCCAUAUAUACAAUCGGUUUCCUUAUCUUUCUUUUAAUUUGGUGUAUGAGAGGAUGGGCUUAAUAAAAGCACCCAAAGAAAGAAAAUUAAGUGACUUUUAAAUAUUUUAUAGAAUAACUUGAAAUAUUAUUGUAUUUAUUUAUUAGUAUAAGUUUUAUUUCAAUUUCAUAACAAUAAUAGGUGAUGACGCAUGUUGAGUUGUCAUUCAUUGUGUUUGUUAUUUAAUGUAAGGUUUACAUUGUAUUGAGGUAUCAAUAAAAGAAUUUGAAUAUUA